UCAUUGGCACCCGCUAGAUGUCGCUAGUGUCGCUCGUUUUGAGCGCGUGCAAAUCUGUACGCAUAGUAAACGCAUUUUCUUGAAAGGCCCGGCUUUUCUGAAAUUCCCUUUUGAAACAGCUUUAUAACUGUGAGUGUUGGGUUAAGCCGAAUACCGAUCGACAACAUCCAAAGUAUCUGCCCAAUUUACAGACAGCAAACGACUCAGUUGACUGUCAAGAAUGGACGCCGAUCUCUACGACGAAUUCGGCAAUUACAUUGGACCCGAACUCGAGUCAGAUGAAGACGAAAAUGAGGAAGGAGACGAGGCUGAUCACGAUGACGAAGCCGAAGACUAUGGUGACAAUGAUUCCGAAGAGGCCAUGGAUCAAACGGUGGUUGAUGGCGACGCACAGAUGGCCAUUGUUUUGCAUGAAGACAAAAAAUACUAUCCAUCAGCGUUGGAGGUUUACGGACCUGGUGUGGAGACACUGGUGCAGGAAGAAGAUGCUCAGCCCUUGACUGAACCCAUCAUCGCACCUGUCAAACGAAGGAAGUUUCAGGUUGCUGAGCAAGAACUCCCUGAAACCACGUAUAACAUGGAGUUUUUGGCUGAUCUCAUGGACUCUGCAGAACUUAUUCGUUCAGUGGCCCUUGUUGGUCAUUUGCACCAUGGCAAGACUUCCUUCAUGGAUUGUCUGCUCAUGCAAACACACCCAGAUCUCCAGACGGGAAAACCUGGCAGUGGAGAGGAGAAGCCUGUCAGAUACACAGACACACUCUUUACUGAACAAGAGAGAGGUGUUUCCAUCAAAGCGACGCCCAUUACCGUGGUCAUGCCCGACCUGAACGAAAAAUCCUUCCUCCUCAACAUGUUCGACACACCUGGUCACGUCAACUUCUCAGAUGAAGUCACGGCUGCCCUGAGACUUUGCGAUGGUAUCGUCCUCUUUGUCGACGCUGUCGAGGGUGUCAUGCUCAACACGGAACGAAUCUUGAAGCACGCCGUCCAGGAGAAAAUGGCCAUCACAGUUUGCAUCAACAAAAUCGAUCGACUCAUUUUGGAGCUCAAGCUGCCACCUCAGGACGCAUAUUACAAGUUGCGCUACAUCAUUGAAGAGAUCAACGGUCUUUUGGGCCUGUACAGCGACGAAGAGAAUCCAAAAUUCGUGUCGCCCUUGUUGGGCAACGUCUGCUUUGCUUCUGCCCAGUUCUCCGUUUGCUUCACCCUUAAAUCCUUCGCCAAACUUUACAGUGACACAUACGGAUCCGAUAUCAACGACAACGAGUUAGCACGUCGUCUGUGGGGUGACAUUUACUUCAACAGCAAGACGAGAAAGUUCACCAAAAAGCCGCCACAUAGCUCGGCUCAGCGAAGUUUCAUCGAGUUCAUUUUAGAGCCGUUGUACAAAAUCUUUGCCCAGGUUGUGGGAGAUUUGGAUUCGAGUCUACCGCAGUUGCUGGACGAACUUGGCAUUCGCCUGACUGUCGAGGAACAGCGGUUAAACACUCGCCCCUUGUUGAGACUGGUCUGCAGUCGCUACCUGGGCACUUUCAGCGGUUUCGUGGAAAUGUGCGUCAAACACGUCCCGUCGCCCGUAACGGCUGCUCGCACCAAAGUGGAACACAUUUACACAGGUCCCCUGGAGUCCAUCCUGGGCGAAGACAUGGUCAACUGUGAUCCCAACGGCCAACUGGUUGUCCAUACUACCAAACAGUAUCCCACAGAGGACUGCACUGGAUUCUAUGUCCUGGGUCGUGUCCUGAGUGGGACCCUUCACGCUCACCAGAACGUCCGACUCCUGGGUGAAAACUAUUCGCUCAAUGACGAAGAAGAUUCACGUGUGUUGACGAUCGGUCGACUUUGGAUAUACGAGGCCCGUUACAAGAUCGAAGUCAAUAGAGUAACGGCAGGCAGUUGGGUCUUGAUCGAAGGGAUCGAUGCCUCAGUGGUCAAGACGUCGACCAUCGUCCAGGUUCACGUCGACGAGGACUUGUACAUUUGCCGACCCUUGAAAUUCAACACGCAAUCCAUCAUCAAAAUUGCCGUUGAGCCGGUGAAUCCCAGCGAAUUGCCCAAGAUGUUGGACGGUCUGCGUAAGGUUAACAAAUCUUACCCGUUGCUCUCGACGCGAGUGGAGGAGUCGGGCGAGCACGUUAUUCUUGGAACAGGCGAACUUUACCUGGACUGUGUCAUGCACGAUCUCAGGAAAAUGUACUCGGAAAUCGACAUUAAAGUUGCUGAUCCUGUGGUGUCUUUUUGCGAAACGGUCGUGGAAACGUCCUCACUGAAAUGUUUUGCCGAAACUCCAAACAAAAAGAAUAAAAUCACAAUGAUUGCGGAACCCCUGGAGAAAGGUUUGGCCGAAGAUAUUGAAAAUGGGGUCGUCCAAAUCAAUUGGAACAAGAAAAAAUUGAGCGAGUUUUUCCAGAGCAAAUACGAUUGGGAUUUGUUGGCUGCCCGAUCCAUUUGGGCAUUUGGCCCCGAUUCCACGGGACCCAACAUCCUCGUUGACGACACACUGCCGUCUGAAGUCAAUAAGAGUUUGCUCAACACGGUCAAAGAUUCCAUCGUUCAAGGAUUCCAGUGGGGCACACGAGAAGGUCCCUUGUGCGAAGAACCCAUCAGGAACGCAAAGUUCAAGAUUCUAGACGCCGUCAUUGCCGACGAACCCGUUCACCGAGGAGGAGGUCAAAUCAUCCCAACGUCGCGACGUGUCGCCUAUUCAGCUUUCCUGAUGGCCACGCCUCGAUUAAUGGAACCCUAUCUCUUUGUGGAAGUCCAAGCACCGGCUGACUGCGUCUCUGCUGUUUACAGCGUUUUGGCCAGGAGAAGAGGUCACGUCACUCAAGACGCCCCCGUUCCCGGCUCACCUCUCUACAUCAUCAAGGCUUUCAUACCUGCGAUUGAUUCCUUUGGCUUCGAGACAGAUUUACGAACCCACACCCAAGGACAGGCUUUCUGUCUGUCCGUCUUUCAUCACUGGCAGAUCGUUCCCGGCGAUCCGCUGGACAAGAGCAUCAUCUUGAGACCGUUGGAGCCCCAACCGGCGACGCAUUUGGCUCGUGAGUUUAUGGUGAAAACGAGGCGCCGUAAGGGUCUCAGUGAGGACGUGUCGAUCAACAAAUUCUUCGACGAUCCCAUGUUGCUCGAAUUGGCCAGACAAGACGUGACGUUGACUUAUCCGUUUUAAAGGAGAAAAGACGUUGAGACGGUGAAUGAAAGUGCAACACACUGGUACGCAAUUAAGAAUAGGCCUAAUUGAUGAAGGUGGGGUGGCCCCAGGUGUUGUAGUGCUCUCCCUUUUAAUUUUGAAUAAAAACAAGUCCUCGAUUA